AUGGUGUUUAAAAAAUUGUUUGCAUCUCCAAUCAACUCGGCUGUCUCUUCGGAUGAUAUUGAUCAUGUCGAUGCAGGAAUACACCGAUUGAAACGCAAAGUUUUGAAAAUUAUGGUUUUAGGAGAAAAAUUCUCGGGAAAAUCAUCAAUAAUUAAGUAUCAAGUUGAAAAUUCAGGCUUUACCUAUCAAUCACCAAAAUCAGACCAAGAAGUUGUGGAAGGUCAAAAUUGUUUCAUAGUUGUUGACGGAAAAGAUGUUACUGUGCGCUUAGUUGAUGCUCCUGAAAUGAAUGAUUUGGGAUUAUUGAUUGAAUGUAUUAAGGAUUGUGAUGGAUUUGUGUUGGUGGUGGACGUGUGUAACUCUCAAUCUAGUUUGCAAAAUUUAAAUAGAUACAAGUCAUUGCUUAUGGAGAAUUUGCACAUGUCUCAAAUUCCAUGUAUUAUAGUCGGCAAUAAGAUUGAUUUAGAGAGCGAGCGAAAAAUAUCAAAACAGCACAUUGUGAACACAGCUACCAAGUUUUUUGUGGAUAAAUCUGCAGAGGUUGCUGAGUGUAGUGCGACAACAGGAAAAGGUGUGAAUGACUUGUUUGCUACCUUGUAUACAAUCAUAAGACAAUCUCAAAGAGAAGACAGGCCAGUGAUCAAAUCUAAAUCAAAGAAAAGCCUUUUGUCAUCUUCUUCAGAAUCAGCAGAUCCUGGCGAAUGGUUAUAA